AUGGCUAGAAAAUCUCGGAAAAAAGGCACAGGCAUUGUAGAAGGCAAUAUCGAUGCUGCACGUUAUGUAACCGUUCAUAAACACCGCAAACUGGACGAAUAUGGACACACUAUUGGUGUUGAGAGAAGACUGGAGGCUCUACCGGAAGAGCCUGAAUUGCAGAUUCAGACCUAUGAGGAUCUCCGACACAGAGGUCAAUCAGUGGAACAACAUCAGAUUGAUGAGUGGGGACACAAUGAUAAUCCUGGCGACACUGCCUUUACUCAUGAUGACCUGGUGACAACCACGGGAAAGAAGAGGCAGAGAGAUUAUAUACUGCAGUUUGUGAAUAGAGUGGAUGAGUUCUUGGGUGUUUUGCUCACCAGAGAAGCUCGACCAUCGGAUGAAACAACCUGCAACCACUGUAAGACAGGAUCUAUAGCCAUCUGGAGAUGCGAUGACUGCAGUUUGGGACACACUAUGUGCAGAAAAUGCAUGCGCAUAACCCAUUCUGAUGAUCCUUUCCAUAAGAUUCGGCGAUGGAAUGGCAAGCACUUUGCAUCUGCCGAACUAUGGCAAGUGGGGGUCCACAUAUUUGUGCCGCACUACUCGGGAACACGUAUAUGCGAAAUAUUAAACCUUCAGAAAGUGCAAUUAGAGCGAGAAGAGACUGUAAAAGACAAUGCCGAACAGCAAGAACUUAGGCGACACGUGGCGAACACAACAAGACCUAACAAUGGCGAGAUCGAUGAGCAUGGCGAUGUAGAUGGUGGCGAGGUCGACGGAAAUGGCGAAGUUCAGGGCGAAGAUUUUUCCGAGCCAGAUCAACCACGUAUAAAUGCCCAACAAUCCGUAGAGAGUGACGCCAUUGCCGACCAACGUUUUUUUGCAUACCUAGACAAUAUUCGAAGCAACAGCGAUAUUGAGCCCCCUGAAGAACCUGAUGAUGACGCCGAAGUUGGGGAUGCCGAGGGCGAAGGUGAUGUCGAAAUUUUGCCAGGGACUACUGGGAUGUCAGACCAAGAUGAUUCAAGUUUCUAUGCUCUGCAAAACUCAACGCGGGUUGUUCAUUCAAACGGAAUUCAUAAUCUACCCCUUGUGACCUGUUCCUGUCGCGGGAUGGAACAAAUACCAGCGGACCUUAUUGCCUGUCGGCUUCUACCCACUAGCUUUGUGCGAAUUCGAACAGUCUUCACAGCACAAGUCUUGGACAAGUUUCGUCUCUGUAAUCUAGAACUACAAUCAUCAGCAUAUCAGUUCUAUCAGCUUGUGCGCCGACUUACCAAGCCUAUGGACCCCUCAAGUGUCGUUAAUCUAUAUAAUGAGUUUCGAAGAAUGACUCGAUUGUGGAGAUGGAUGAAAAAGUUGAAGUGGGCCGGGUUUGCUGGUCAUAAUGGUAAAGCGGUCAAGGAUGUGUGUAAGGGCGAGCUUGCAAAUUUCUGCCCUGCUUGCCCUCAGCCAGGCAUUAACCUUCCGGACGGGUGGGAAAAUGACCCUAAUAAAUUUGUCUAUCGCCGUGUUCUAGUCGCAGACGGUAACUUUAAAGCAGACCAUGUGCAACCCAAAAAGCAAUCAAAUGACAUAUGGCUUUCCGAAGGCGGGGGGAUGAUUCCUAAGCGCGAGGAGUAUCACAGCUUCCUAAAGACUGCCAUCGAGAAGCUAACGGGAGCGCCAUGCGAAAACACGUUCAGAGCAAUAACGGGAGCCAUGCUCGCAUCAAAGUCUUGCGAUGUCACAGGAGUUGUGGGGGUAGCAUGCGCUCGUCAUGGGUGUUAUGCACCUAAUGCAUUGGUAGACCUGUUCAAAGGCGAGCAACAAAAAAAUGUUGACUUCGCCCUGCUCACCGCCUUGAAGUCGACUGGCGUAGAUCCUCGCCAAGGUGCCAUGAUUAUAUAUGAUGUCAUUUGUCAGUUCAUCAUACACCUGAAGACGAGGAUUGGGCAUUUACUUCCUGAAGGUCUUGACAUUGACCGUGCAAUUGGUUUAUUCCAUGUUCAUGCUCAUAAAGAUGAUUGUCUCUUUCGUUAUUCGCCUGCUUUCAUCCCAGGUGCUGCACGUGUAAUUGGUGAGAUACUGGAAUCCUUGUGGGGAAAAAUGAAUCACGUCUCGCCAGCUUCAAGGACGGCAACACUGGCACAUCGAGCAGAAAUGUUAGACGACCAUGCCAGUGAUUCGAAUCAUAGCAAAGCACUCGCGUUGCCAAAGGAUCUAUGCCGGCGAUACGUCGAGGCUGUCGAAACUAGAGACUGCGCCGAAAAAUACUUUGCCGAAGUUUCCAGGGUAGCGCCACAGGAUGUUGUGGAAUUAUGGACAAGGCAGAUUGUUGAUGCUGAGGCUCGUCGUUUGAUUUCUCCCAAGGUGAUGGAUAUAUACGCUGCAAAAGGUAGAGGUCAAGAGGUCACGGAUACGACAGAAACAACUGAAACAACGUCAAAUGAUCCCAUUGAGGCAUACAUUCAAUUUGCACUGAUGGUGGAGGAAAAACAAAUUGAGAUUCGCCUUUGUGUUCGACAGCUCACCAAAUCUCCUCGACAUGCCGAUCCUCAAAAAUUACAAAGUCUUCGCGAAAAAUUGCAGCCGUUGAUUUCUGAGCUUGAACGACUACAAGAAUGUGCAGGGGUGUUGGAACACUCCCAGACUCAACCGGAUACUUCGGUGGAAAUGUUGGAUUGGGCGGACGAGAUUACGGAUGAUGAUGUUGUAAUUCCACCUCCCCAACCUACUCAACCUCUGCAGCCUAUCGAGGAACACAAGAUCUUUCUUCCAUCCCACUACAAUGUAGAUCAACGCUGGGCUCCGGUGGAACUAAAGGCUCGAAUUUCGCAAGCCAAUUCGCAUUUGAACCAAAUACGAAAUCUUAUUGCCGAGAAAUCAUUUCAGUAUUCGGACGUCAUUCGGAAUGCUCCACGCAAAGGAGUCAGGACAAGAUCUCGAGCUCGCAUUGAUGAGAUGAACCAUAGAUUAACAUUCUAUAGUCAACUCUAUACUGAAUGCCGAACUCGCUUGAUUAAUCUAGGGGCAGAUAGCUCAAUCUUGGCCAAAUUCCAGAAGCUAUCAAAGGAUGAUGUCAAGACCAGCACAGCAAUUCUAGAUCCUAACAAACCUGGGUCGACAAGAAUACGUCUCUCGUGGAUCUGGCAUAAUUCAAGCAAUCAACGCCUAGGACCCAAUAUUAUUGCCGAGAAUGGCGAAAUUCGACCGGCGGAUCCUGAAGGUAGCCAUAUCAAUGUGGAGGAAACAGAUCCCGAGACCCUAACAGAAUUCAAACGCGUCCACUGGUUACGUGCCCGUGCCCAAUUUCAUAGAUGGAGAGAGGAAGCCAUUAUGUUGGACUACGAGAUGCAGUGGACAGUACGAUACUUCUCCAAAAAAGAAGAGUGGUGGAAAAAUAGUGCUGUAGUUGCGCUCGCCGAUGACCCGGCUGGCGACAACAUUGUCAAUGCAGGGCGAGCUGCCUAUGCUGACCGUCAAAGUAGUAUCUGGGGCGAGAUGGCACGGCGAGCUGAUUAUCUGUUUCAUAUGACUAAUCCUAGCUAUAAAAAGAUUUGA